AGGAACGCCCUGCCGAGAGCCGCCGCGCGCCUUCUCCUGCCCGCUCGCGCGCGCGGGUCCUUCACUGGGAAUGUAGCAGGCUGAGCUAUGGAAAAGAAACCGCACUCCGUGCGGAGAGAGCCUCCCCCAAGGGAGGUGCCGGCGCUGGCACCGGCGCUGCUGCUGGCGGCCGUCCUCUUCCUCAACGGCCUCCUCUACCUCUACCUCAGCAAUGGGCACGGCUCUUCGGAACGCGCCGGCCCGGACCCCAGCCUCUGCCCCCUGGGGUCCUUCAGACUAGGAGCAGGGAAGAAUUGCUCCCCGUGGCUCUCGUGCGAAGCCAUAAGUAAGGAAGUGAGGAAACUCAAGCGCGUUGGCGAAGGAGCAGUGAAAAAGGUGUUUCUUUCUGAGUGGAAGGAAAACAAGGUGGUCCUUUCGCAGCUCACCAGCCUGGAGCUGCAGGACGACUUUCUGCACGGGCUGAAGAUGCUCAGAGCGCUGCAGAGCAAGCACGUGGUGCGGCUGCUGGGCUACUGCGAGCAGCAGUUCACCAUCCUCACGGAGUACCACCCGCUAGGCUCCCUCCGGGGCCUGAACGAAACUCUGAGCAUGCCCAGGUACAAGGGCUUCAACACGUGGCACCGCAGGCUCGCGCUUGCCAUAGACUACGUGAGCAUCAUCCGGUUCCUGCACGGCAGCCCGCUGGGCACCCUGGUGAUGUGCGACUCCAACGACCUGGCCAAGGUGCUCUCCCAGUAUCUCCUCAGCAGCGACUUCCACGUCCUGGUCAACGACUUGGAUGCGCUGCCGCUGGUGAACAGGAGCGCCGGCGUCCUGGUGAAGUGCGGGCGCCGGGAGCUGCGGGGCGAGUUCGUGGCGCCCGAGCAGCGCUGGCCCCACGGGGAAGAGGUGCCGUUUGAUGACGACCUCAUGCCCGCCUAUGACGAGAAAACGGACAUAUGGAAAAUCCCCGAUGUCGCCAAUUUUCUCUUGGGCCACGUAGAAGGGAGUGACAUCGUGCGGCUGCAUUUGUUUGACAUCCAUGCAGCAUGCAAGAAGAAGGACCCAGCUGAAAGGCCUUCGGCCCAAGAGGUCUUAGACACCUACAGGAAAGUUUUGACUCUUCUUAUUCGGGAGGCCGCCGUGCCCGGUACGAGGGAAAUGUUGUAGUGAAUCACGGGACAGACACCGAAGUUGCUGUCCUGCCUAUUUAUUUUAACUUGCCUGAAGAUUAUACAAGAGCAAAAUCUCUAUUCCCUAAACUGAAAAGAUAAUAAAACAAAAUUGAAAACA